AUGCUCAGUGGACGCACCAGUGGGUCUCCCCCUAUCGAACGGGGCCGCACUGAGGUGAACGCAUCAGAGGAAGUCCAGCACUCUCCCUCACGCUUCACACCUCUUGUUUCUCUUGACUUAAUCCACUUGGCCUCUGCAAGCUCCUGUCUCCCUGAUACGAUCUUCAUCUGCUGUAAUUACAGAAGCCCCGCCCUCUCUCCCUGUAUCCUCUCCCUCUCUUCCUCUGCACACCUUCACUCACAAAACGCUGCCCACUGGUGUAAUUCAUGCUGCCAGGGGGUCAUGGGAGAUUACGACUGGGAUGGAUCGAUGUGA